AUGGCCUCGCACGACGAUAUGGCUGCGCACUCGCGCGACGACCACGCUGCUCCCGCCCCGCUGCGCCCAGCACACCACGACGCCAUGGACGCGCCCGCGAAGCCCUCGAUCCGCUCGUGGAGGAAAAAGUACCGCAAAAUGCGCGUGCGCUUCGACGAGCGGAUGCGCGAAAGCAACACGCUCUUCAGGGAGGAACACAAGGCCAUUGCCCUGGCCCGCCGCCUGCAGGAGCAAAAUGACCAGCUUCUCGACCUCUUGCUCGACCUCAAUGACACGCCCAAGAUCCCCCAAGACCUCCGCUUCGACCUCAGCCUCACAGACCCCCGCGAAGCCGACGUGCCGUCCGACCCCGACGCAAUCCAUCUCAAGCUCCAAGAAGCCCGGGAAGACCUGCAUGCGGGCCUGAUAUCGCCCGAGGACUUUGCCCGGCGCGAGGCGGCGCUGACGGCACGCUUCUCGGGGCUGGACAACAAGUCGCUGGCGGAGCUGCUGAAGGUGCCGCACACGCACUUCCCGCCGGAGCACGUGCCCGAUGACCUAGUGGGCGACAGCCUGGCUGGCUACCUCAGCCCGAACCACGAGGAAGAAUACCUCAAGGAUCUCGACGCCGCGCUCGCCGACCCGGCCAUCUACGACCCCCAAGACACGUCCGGCCGCCCCAUCCGCCUGCCCGCCCGCGACGUCCCCAGCGAGAAGGAGCUGCAGAUCCGCAACCCGGACUCGGUCUACAAUUGGCUGCGCAAGCACCAGCCCCAGGUCUUCCUGCAGGACAAGGAAAACGACAAGGCUGGUGGUGGAGGCGAUGGCGCCGAGAAGCCGACGAAGGGCGGAGGCAAUGGCCGUGGUGGUGGCAAGCGCGGUCAGCAGGCGGCCGCCGCUGCUGCUGCUGCCGCUGCAACGCCAAUCAAGGGCGAUCCGGAUGAUGAUGACAGCUUCGUGCCGGAAACAGGUAGCGGAAGAGGGAAGAGGAACAAGGACGAUGAGCCGUACAGGCCAAAGGGCGGUAGUAGCCGCCCGAGUAAGAGAAAGAGGGAAGAUGGUGAGGGCGGCGGUAGGGGUGGCCGGAAGAAGGCUGCUAGAGGGGGAGCUGCUGCUGCUGCCGCUGCCGCCGCCGCUGCUGCAUCGUCGGCGUCAUAG